CGGAGUGGAGCACAGCACCGAGGGUGUCACAGGGUCUCUUUUGAAGACCUCUUUUUUACGUUGCAUACCUAUAUUACAGCAAGGCCGACCGUGGUAAUCGCUGCCUCUGAUCACCGCCAUGCCUAAGGUCAAACAACAGAAGCGCAACAGCGCCUCCAAAGCCAACCCAUAUGCAGACGCUGCAGCCAAAACUAAAGCAGCCAACAGCAUUUUCAAAAUGAACACAGACCUUGGUCAACAUAUCCUGAAAAACCCCGGCGUCGCCCAACGAAUCGUGGAGAAAGCUGAGCUGAAACAAAGUGACGUCGUGCUGGAAAUCGGUCCUGGAACAGGUAACUUGACCGUAAAAAUCCUCGAGAAAGCAAAGAAAGUCAUCGCCGUUGAGCUGGACCCUCGAAUGGCCGCUGAGGUCACGAAACGUGUCCAGGGGACGCCCGCCCAGAAUCGCUUGGAUGUUAUACUCGGAGACGUGAUGAAGACGGAUCUUCCGUACUUCGACGUCUGCAUUAGCAACACUCCCUAUCAGAUCUCUUCCCCACUCACAUUCAAGCUUCUCGCUACCUCACCAGCUCCUCGAGUCUGCAUCCUGAUGUUUCAACGGGAGUUUGCGCUGAGACUUUUCGCCAAACCGGGCGAUAAACUUUACAGUCGACUCUCGGUCAAUGCUCAGAUGUGGGCCAAGAUCGAUCACAUCAUGAAGGUUGGAAAGAACAACUUUAAACCACCUCCGCUGGUCGAGUCCAGUGUAGUCCGCUUAGUCCCCAAAAAUCCCAGGCCGCAAAUCAAUUAUGACGAAUGGGACGGGCUUCUAAGAAUCCUUUUCGUUCGAAAAAACAAAACAAUCCGAUCAAGCUUCCUGGGCAAAUCCACUGUUAUGGACAUGCUGGAAGCUAAUUAUCGGACAUGGUGCGCGCAAAAUGACAUUCCGGUGGAGGAUGGACCAGCGGGUGAGACUGGAGCAGAUGCAAUGGACACAGGUAAUAUGGAAGAUGAAGAAGAUGAGGACGAGGCUGAAGAAGUCAUGGAUGUGGAUGAUGAAGAUGACGUGCCGGACUUUUUCAAGGAACAGGAAAAUGCCCGGAUACAAGAGGCGCUAAAGGGUCGGCCAAGCCGAAAGAAGAGAGGGAAAGUGGGAGAGCUAGUUCGGGAAAAAGUUCGGCAGGUACUGGAAGAAGAAACGGGGCUCGCUGAUAAACGUGCCAGGAUGUGUGAUGAGAAUGAUUUUCUGAAGCUGUUGUGGGCGUUCAACCAGAAAGGCUUCCAUUUCACCUGAACACACUGCUGGCAAGAAGGAGCGCGUAUGGGGCCUUGGGAUCUUCUGGUGUAUACGAAAACAAAUCUCCUUAAUGAUUCACGACAGUCGUCACUGGAAGCCAUUCUCAGGCGACCGAUCUCCAGCCGGGCGAAGAUGGGCACGAGAGUCCUGAAAAAGACUUUGCCAUAUGUAGGCUUCACUUAGCAAAAGUUCAAUAUCCUUCUCAGUCCAGCCCUUCGUCGGUAGGGCUUGCAGGAACAUCAUAAUCUCCU